GAGAAGUGGUCAGUGUGAGACUCUAAGUCAAUGCUAUGGUCAGUACGGAGAGAGUAGAGAAAAGAGAAAAAGGCCAGAAAACGCGAGCACAGAUGGGACGCCAACAGUGGAGAAAAGACCAACUAUAACCCUCCACCUGUCACUCACUUACUCUUUUUUUCUACCGCUCAAAUCGGGCGCCACCACCUAAAAACGCGCCAUCCACUCCAGCCCUAAACACCGCUUUUGUUUUUUUACAUGGGUUGUACAGCUUCGAAGCUCGACAACGAGGACAAGGUGAGGCGGUGCAAGGAGCGCCGCCGCCUCAUCAAGGAAGCUGUCUAUGCGCGCCACCACCUCGCAGCUGCUCACGCCGAUUACUGCCGCGCUCUUCGUGUUACUGGCUCAGCUCUUUGCUCCUUCGCUGCUGGCGAAACACUUUCCGUUUCCGAGCAAACUCCUGCUGUUUUCCUACACUCUUCAAACCCUACUCCAUCGUCUACUGAUUCUAUACCUCCACGUGUUGCUCCUUCUCCAUCACCUUCCCUCCAACCACAUCCACCGCCGCCUGCGUUUUCCCCUUCUCCUUCUCCCACAAUUGCUAGUUCUAAGAUGCCCCAUAUCCUCUCCGCUUCAAGCCUUAACUCUGCUUCUAAUCGCCGCCGUAAACCUCCAAAGCUCCCUCAUAUACUCUCCGAAUCGAGCCUUCCCUCGUCUCCUCGAAGUCAGAAAUCCAAUUUCACUGGAAAUUUUGAGUAUCCUACGGCUUAUCAAGCGAAUUCAACGUACUCGAGCACAGCAUCACAAGCUUCCUCCGUUUGGAACUGGGAAAAUUUCUACCCUCCCUCGCCUCCAGACUCCGAAUUCUUUGAUCAAAAAGCCCAAAAUCAAAACCAAAAUCACCAACAUCGCCAGCAACACCACUUAGACUUACAAGACGAAGAAACCGAAACCGAGACCGAGACUGGGUACGAUUUUUUUCAAUUACAAAACAAGAAGCACAACUACCACCAUAUCAAUGGCAACACCAGUAACAAGCAACACAGUACCGCCGACGAAGAGACAGAGAGAGAGGAGGUUCAGUGCAGCGAGUGGGAAGAUCAUGAUCAUUAUAGUACAACUAGCUCAUCGGAAGAAGGGGAGGAGGAUGAAGAUGGAGAGUCCAGAUCCGAGAUCGGGACCCGACCGAAUUUCGGGUCAUCGGUGCGGGCUGAAUCAUUGAAGCGGCAACCAGUUUACGGCAAUACGGCUAAGUCUGAUGAGGCGGGGUCAUCGGCGAGUUUCAGAACUGGAGAUAUCUCCGAUUUGAAGAUGGUUGUGAGGCAUAAGGAUUUGAAAGAGAUAGCGGUGGCUAUUAAGGAGAAUUUUGACAAGGCUGCAACGGCUGGAGAUCAGGUCUCGGAGAUGCUCGAGAUCAGUAGGGCUCAGCUUGAUCGAAGUUUCCGGCAAUUGAAGAAGACGGUGUACCAUUCUUCUAGUAUGUUGAGCAACCUGAGCUCUAGUUGGACCUCAAAACCGCCAUUGGCUGUUAAAUACCGGCUCGACACCGGUUCGCUCAACGAACCGGGCGGUCCCAGAAGCCUUUGCUCCACCGUGGAACGGCUGCUGGCUUGGGAGAAGAAACUCUACGAAGAAGUGAAGGCUAGAGAAGGUGUAAUGAUUGAGCAUGAGAAGAAGCUGUCAACACUACAGAGUCAGGAGUACAAGGGAGAGGAUGAUGCAAAGCUAGACAAGACCAAGGCUUCAAUAAAGAGGAUGCAGUCUCUAAUUAUUGUCACAUCCCAGGCUGUUUCCACCACUUCAACUGCUAUCAUUGGUCUUAGGGACACUGAUCUUGUCCCUCAGCUGGUUGAACUGUGUCAUGGAUUCAUGUACAUGUGGAAAUCAAUGCAUCAGCACCAUGAAGUUCAGAACAACAUCAUACAACAAGUCCGUGGCCUUGUGAACCGAUCAGCCAAGGGUGACUCAACAUCUGAACUGCACAAACAGGCAACUCGUGAUCUGGAGUCAGCUGUAUUUGCCUGGCAUUCCAGUUUCUGCCGCCUUAUAAAAUUCCAGCGGGACUUUAUCCAAUCUGUCCAUGGCUGGUUCAAGCUCACCCUUCUUCCUGUGAGCAAUGACAAUGUCAAUGGCAAUGUGGAACACUCUGAUUCAUAUGCCUUCUGUGAUGAGUGGAAGCUUGCUCUUGACCGUGUACCAGAUACGGUUGCUUCUGAAGCCAUCAAGAGCUUCAUCAAUGUUGUUCAUGUGAUAUCUGUAAAACAGACUGAGGAGCUGAAAAUUAAAAAGCGAACAGAAAUUGCAUCAAAAGAGCUAGAGAAGAAGGCUUCUUCUCUUCGGAACAUUGAAAGGAAGUUCUAUCACUCUUACUCCAUGGUUGGUAUUGGGCCCCCUGAUACUGGACCUGAUAACGGGCAGGUAUUGGAUGCUCGGGAUCCACUGGCUGAGAAGAAAUCUGAGCUUGCAGCCUCCCAGAGGCGGGUGGAAGAUGAGAUGCUGAGACAUGCCAAGGCAGUGGAAGUGACAAGGGCCAUGACACUGAAUAAUCUUCAGACAGGCCUGCCAGGCGUUUUCCAGGCAUUGACUAGCUUUUCUUCCUUAUUUAUGGAGGCACUUGAACUGGUAUGCAACCGUUCCUAUGCCAUCAAAUAGUUAUACAUUAUUUUUCUUGUUGGAUUUUUGAGGUAAGUUGGAGUUCAUAAGGGCUGGGAUUAUUUGGCUGUGGGCUCUUAAGAUAUUACUUUUUGGGGGAUAUUUUUGAUAUGUAAAUAUGUGGAGCCUUUUUGCGGUUUUGUCAUCCUUCUUUAGACCAAGGGGAGGGAAAUGUCUCUGUAUAGGAAUUUGGUUAGAUUGUUGUAUCAGAUUUCAAAAUUUCAGCAUGAUGAAUAAAUUAUACGCAUUCUACUUUUAAA